UAGGCGAAGCUGGGAUCUCUGUGGCAGCUGGCGCACUCUCCAUCCCGGGAGCCGGAAAGCUCCGCCAUCCUUCUGAGCGCCCUUCCAAGAUGGGACCCCUGAAGCGCUGGAAAGAGGAACAUCCUAGAGAUUUGGCCAAAGUAAACAACAUUGCCGCAAGUAUCUUGGGACUGCUUUUGCUUCAGCUGAUUUCCUCCACAUCAAGUGCCCGUCCCUGUGUUCCCCAAAGCUUUGGCUAUAGCUCUGUUGUCUGUGUCUGCAAUGCUACCUACUGUGAUUCAAUUGAUCCUGUAACACUUCCUGCUUCAAGUACCUUUAGCCGAUAUGAAAGUACUCAAAGUGGCCGGAGGUUUGAAUUGAGCGUUGGGAACAUCCAGAGCAACUGGACAGGCAAAGGAUUGCUGCUAUCCCUGCACCCAGAACAACAGUUUCAGAAGAUAAAAGGCUUUGGAGGUGCCAUGACUGAUGCUACUGGCCUCAACGUUCUAGCUCUCUCACCUCCUGCCCAAGACUUACUUCUUAAAUCAUACUUUUCUCCAGAAGGUAUUGAAUAUAACAUUAUCCGAGUGCCCAUGGGCAGCUGUGACUUCUCUGUCCGUGUCUAUACCUAUGCUGAUCAACCUGAGGACUUCCAGUUGAACAAUUUCACCCUCCCAGAAGAGGACACCAAGCUCAAGAUUCCCCUUAUUCACCGGGCUUUCGCCCUGUCCCAACGCCCUAUAUCGCUCUUUGCCAGCCCUUGGACAUCACCUACUUGGCUUAAGACCAAUGGGGCAGUGAAUGGGAAAGGGUCACUCAGGGGACAAGCAGGAGACAAGUACCACCAGACCUGGGCCAACUACUUUAUCAGGUUUCUGGAUGCUUAUGCAGAACAUAAGUUAAAAUUUUGGGCAGUGACAGCAGAGAAUGAACCAUCAGCAGGAUUGAUAACUGGGUAUCCCUUCCAAUGCCUGGGCUUCACUCCAGAACUUCAGCGAGAUUUCAUUGCCCGUGACCUAGGCCCUACUAUUGCUCAAAGUGCUCACCGUGACAUCAAACUACUAAUAUUGGAUGACCAACGCCUUCUACUGCCCCAUUGGGCACAGGUGGUUCUGAAGGACCCUAAUGCAGCUCAGUAUGUCUCCGGGGUAGCUGUACACUGGUACCUGGACUUCCUGGCCCCAGCUAAUGCUACACUGGGGGAAACACACCGGUUGUUCCCUGAUACAAUGCUCUUUGCUUCUGAGGCCUGUGUGGGUUCCAAGUUUUGGGAACAGAGUGUGCGGCUAGGUUCCUGGAGCCGAGGGACAAAAUACAGUCAUAGCAUCAUCACUAAUCUUAUCCACCAUGUGGCAGGCUGGACAGACUGGAACCUCGCCCUGAAUCUUGAAGGGGGUCCCAACUGGGUACGCAACUUUGUUGAUAGCCCCAUCAUUGUAGAUAUAAACAAGGACAAGUUUUACAAGCAGCCGAUGUUCUACCAUCUCGGACACUUCAGAGAAGGAAGUUGGAGAUUUCCUCUCAGAGAGCAGCCAGGAGCUCUGGCCAGAUCCAGCUACUCCAGCCUUCCAAAAGGAACGAAUGUCUGA